AUGGCUUCGAAUGGACUGGCCGUUCCCGCCUCGAGCAACUACGUAGAAAAUGGCCGCCACUACCACGGCUUCCGGCGCGGCAUGUACAUGUACCCCUGCGAUGAGCCCGAAAAGGACCGCAUGGACAUCUACCACAAGCUGUUCCUCGUUGCACGGAGAGACCAGCUGCACCAGGCCCCGAUUCCGCAACAUUGGGAGCCCCGCAUCCUCGACAUAGGCUGUGGGACCGGCAUCUGGGCGAUUGACAUGGCCGACAAGUAUCUGAACGCCGAGGUUUUGGGUUUGGAUCUCGUCAAUAUUCAGCCGGAAAAAAUCCCGCCGAACCUGCGAUUUCGUGUUCCCCGCGACUACGAGAGCCCCUGGAUGCUGGGCGAGGAUUCCUGGGAUCUGGUCCACAUCCGGAUGGCCUGCGGCAGCGUAUCGAGCUGGCCGGAGCUGUACCAGAAAGUCUUUUCACACCUGAGACCCGGCUCUGGCUGGAUAGAGCACGUCGAGAUUGAUCUGGAGCCGCGUUGCGACGACCACACCCUCUCCCAGGACAGCGCCCUAGUGAAGUGGUACAACUACUUGGCAGAUGCCACGGCCAGGGUUUCACGUCCCAUUGCAUAUGAACACCGCACCCGCCAGCUGCUGCAAGCAGCCGGCUUCAUUGACAUCCAGGAAACCAUCAUUCGCGCGCCCUACAAUUCGUGGCCCAACGAUCCGCAUCAGAAAGAGAUCGGCAGGUGGUACAAUUUGGGCAUAACCGAGGGCCUGGAGGCACUCAGCCUCGCACCUUUCACAAGAGUCAACCGGUGGGAUGCGAGCGAGCACGUCAAACCACUUGUCGAGGCCGUCCGUCGCGAAAUAUGUAACAGGAAGAUUCAUGCGUACAACAACAUACAUAUCUGGACCGCCCGCCGCCCACAACAGUGA